GGGGGGGGGGGGGGGGGGGGGGGGGGGGGGGGGGGGGGGGGGGGGGGGGGGGAGGAGUAGGGGGAGAGAUGGAGGAAAGGAGGGGGCUUAAGCGGUGCGAAUCUAGUGCGGAAGCGGGACCAGCGAUCGGGAUCGAUUUGGGAACGUAUAGUUGUUGUGUGGGAGUUUGGCGUAAUGGGAAAGUGGAGAUAAUUCCUAAUGAGAAUGGUCAUCGAGUGACCCCGUCCUUCGUCUCUUUCACUGACACGGGUCGUUUGAUUGGCGACGAAGCGGUCAAUCAGGCUGGCAUUCAUCCUAAGAACACGAUCUUCGAUCUCAAACGAUUGAUAGGUCGCAGGUUUGAUGACCCUUGUGUUCAAGAAGAGCAACGAUUCUGGCCGUUCGAUCUGUUUGCGGGGCAAUGGGGCGAUCUCCAGAUCGGCGUGAAAAACAAAAUGCUGGACAAGAAAUUUGCACCGGAAGAGAUUGCCGCCAUGCUUUUGGCGCGAAUGAAGGAGAUCUCGGAAGGCUAUCUUGGCUGUGAGGUCCGGGAUGCAGUGAUCUCUGUUCCCGCGCAUUUUACAGACUCUCAGCGGGAAGCGACGAAAGACGCGGGAAGUCUUGCUGGUCUGCGAGUUUUGCGGCUGUUGAAUGAGCCAACGGCGGCAGCCAUAGCUUACAGCUUGCACAAGAGCUCGAGCUCGACGGCUAUGGCGGCUGGAGCCCAGAAGAAGAAGAAGAUCAUGGUCGUGGAUAUGGGCGCCGGUACGCUGGAUGUUUCCAUCUUGCAAAUCGAUGGGAGAACUUUUAGGGUUGAUGCCUGCGCUGGAGACAGCCACUUGGGGGGCGUCGAUUUUGAUAAUCGCCUCGUCUUGAGGAUCGUCGAUCGCUACAGACGGAAGUUGGGAACAGAUAUAUCCGACGACCCACGGAGUCUGUGGCGGCUGCGGAACGCGUGCAUCGUCGCAAAGCACACGCUAUCUAAUCAAGAUCUUGCAUGGAUAGAAUUGAAUUCCAUCUUCGGCGAUGGGGACAGGAAGACACCUUGGAGCCGAGCAGCUUUUGAAGACAUGAAUCGAGAUCUUCUUGAUCGAUUUAGCAAAUUGGUCAGGAGAGCGAUGAUGGACGCAGAGGUGGGGAAAGAGGAGAUUGAUGAUGUGAUCUUGGUUGGAGGAUCGACGCGUAUUCCGAUACUUCAGGAGAUGGUUCAGGGAUGCUUCAGCGGGAAACGACAACCGUGGGUAGGGUUGUAUCACGAUGAAGCGGUGGCAUACGGGGCGGCUGUGCAGGCUGCUAUUCUGUCGGGGGCCUUGCAUGAGGACUUGACCGUGGAGGAUGUCAUCCCGUACUCUCUCGGGACGAAGGGGAGGGAUGGGAAGAAGAUGUGCAUCGUCUUCCCCAGACAUACGCGGAUACCCGCCACCAUUCAAGCGUCUUAUCAGACGGCGGACCCCGGUCAGAAAGAGAUGGAACUGAAAGUUUACGAGGGGGAAGCACGGCUUUGUGAACUGAAUCAUUUGUUGGGUACAUUCUAUUUGGAGGGGUUGGACAAGCUAAUAGAAAAUGGGGAAGCAGAAGGAGGAGGAGGAGGAGGAGGAAGAGGAGGAGGAGGAGGGGGCGAAGGAAGAGGAAGAGGGAGAGGAGGAGGAGGAGGAGGAGGAGGAGGAGGAGGAAGAGGAAGAGGAAGAGGAGGGAAGAAAAAGGUGGUGGUAUUUGCGAGAGGGAGAGGGAGGGGGAGAGGGAGAGGGAGAGGGAGAGGGAGAGGGAGAGGAGUGAAAGGAUUAGGAAGAGGGGGAAGAAUUGGCAUAGGAAUAGGAAGAUGGGCGGGAGCUAUUUUGAAGAAAAGGACGAUGGCGGAGAAACAGACGCUUGGAGUACGUGUGAAGGUGGAAGCGGAGGAGGCGGAGGAGGCGGAGGAGGAGGAGGAGGAGGAGGAGGAGGAGGAGGAGGAGGAAGAGGAGACGGAGGAGGGAGGAGAUGGAGAGGAGGGGAUUGAAAAUGGGGAAGAAGAGGAGAUGAUAGGUCGAGGAAGAGGACGUGGCGGCAUAGGCAAAGCUAAGGGUGGUGGGGUUGGCAAUGGCAAUGGCAAUGGCAGUGUAAUUGACUCAGAGAGAGGAGAGAGUAGAUUGGUGAAUGUGAGAUUUCAUGUUGAUGACGAUGGUAUUCUUCAUGUCAGUGCCCGUCUCUCCGUUUGGGGUGAUGGACCUCUGCGUCGGAGGCGGAAGAAUGGUCCUGUCAUCCCCGUGAGACCUGACAAAAGCAGACCAACGCAAGAUGAAUUUGAGAAGAUGCUCCUUGAUGCCGCAUUGCUGAAGAAAGCCGACGCAGAACUUAGGGAAAGGUAUCGAGCUAGACAUCGAUUGGAAGUAGAAGCGCGUGCAGUCAGGAGAAGAUUAGCUGAGAUAGAUCAGGAGGAGAGAUCGUCGGUGGAACAGGAGAUGAAACAAGUGUUCGAUCUGCUGAAGGAGUAUGAGAAUCUCUCUUCUGUCGACCAUUACGAGAACAGGAGGAAAACGUUGUUGUCAUUAGCCGCCCUCCCUUCGUCUUGAUUACUGUAAUAGCUCUUGAUUAAUAGCAGCAGCAGCGAGCAACACGUGUCACUUUACCUGACGACGCACCGGUCCCGCUGUCAUCUCGUCUUUUUGGCAAGAGUUUGCAAAUCGGACAGGGCGUCGAUCACAGAUCAGGAAUUUAGCAAAAAAACGAGAUGAAGGAAGUUUGUCCGUUUUGACCAACUCAAACUCAAUGAAUGCAGAAAUCCGCU